AUGGAGGAUGUGAUGCAGGCCAUAAAGAGAAAAGGUAUUGCAGCCAUAGAUAGUUUGGUGCAGAAGACCAACUUGCCGUUCAGCUCUUUGGUUAUGAAAUGCCCCUUACUGAGCAAAUUUAGAAUGCCCUCAAUUAAGAGUUUUGACGGAACUAAAGAUCCCAUCGACCACUUGGAGACUUUUCAAGCGCUAAUGCAUUUGCACGUGAUGCCAGAUGAGAUCAUGUGCAGGGCUUUCCCAACAACUCUCAAAGGAUCAACACGAGUGUGGUUUAACAAGCUGAAGCCAGGGACCAUUGAAACCUUUGAAGAAUUGAGUAAGCGUUUCGUGGGACACUUCAUUGCUGGCCAAAAGCAUAGAAGGCCAGCUACCUACCUUCUUACUGUAGAGGAAGCAGAUGACAAGGUGGCUUUAGCCGCCUUUAUGGGAGGACUCCAAACCUCGAGAUUUCUCUUCUUUUUAUCAGAAGAACCCCCUACCAGCAUGGCCGAGUUACUGGUUCGAGCUAAAAAACAUAUGAAUGCUGAAGAUGCAAUGAUGGCAAGAAAGGGGAAAGAAGGGGAUGAUAAGAAGGCAGACAAGAAAAGGCCGGCUCUGAUAACCAAAGAUGAAAAGAAAACCAAGUAUAAGAAACCUAUGAUCAACCAGAAUGAAAGGGCGUCUCGCUACAAGAGCGCGAAGAGAUAUACAAAUUACACUCCUUUAAAUAUGCCAAUAGAUCAAGUUUUUCUACAGAUCCAAGAUGAACCAUAUCUGAAGUAG